GCAACCUCCACCAAUUCCCGUUUGACAUCGCUGCCGGCAUGGAAGCCGUGGAGGAAGCGUGCCUGGCCUUCGCUGCCGGUCGAACGACCGCCGAGCGCCAGGCUGCGGAGAGUGUUCUUCAUCACUUCAAGCAGAGCCCACAAGCACAUGCAGACUCCAUCCAUCUCCUCACGCACAGCGCCGUCCCCAUGGCCCAGUUCCAUGCCGUGACCACGCUCUGCGAGCUGUCCCUUCUCGAACGCGUGUCCGUGUCCCAGCGCAAGGAAACCAUCGGUUUCCUGCUCCAUCACGCCACUUCUUCAUCCUCCAUGCCGUCCUUCGUCGCUUCUGCACUCAUAUCUACGAUCGCCAUCCUCAUCAAGCGAAACUGGCUGCAGGAAUCUCCCACGGACCGGACAGCCAUUCUCUCCCACAUUACGCAGCUAGCAUCAUCGUCGUCCAACACUCCCAGUAACCUCGUCGGCAUCAAGCUCCUUCUCGCAUUCGUCACGGAAAUGCGCGGCGCGUCGGAUAAGAAGACCCGCGCCAUGUUUCAACCCGUGGCGUUCCACACGUCAUGCCGCCAGGCCCUCGAGAAAGAUGGCCUCGUCCAGAUCCUCGCGCUCGCCGUGCACCUCAUCACACACCAGCCGUCUCCCCAAGCCCUCGAGCACGUGUAUCUGUUGACGGUGGAGCUGCUCCAGUGGUUCGAAGCCCCCUCUGACUCGACGUCCAUUCUGCUUGCAGUCGAUCCGCGGUGGAAGCCUUACCUCGUUCAAGCCAGCUUCGUUCAGGCCAUUUUCCAAGCGUAUACGACCCACCGCAGCCACGGCCUGUGGAGCCACACCAUCCGCCAAGUGCUCAUCCUACUCGCCUCUGUCACAGGCUCCAUCUUUGACUCCCCCGACCACCACGUCGCAUACAUCACGUGGAUCUUCCACGGCGCGCUGUUCAUCUUUCAUCACCCGCUGCCAUCCAACGUCGAGCGCGAAGUCAUCGACAUGUGCCAGCUCACAUAUCGCCUCGUGUCCAACUGGUCUAGCCUCAACGACCCCGCGCUAGCCGACCCGCUCGUGUCGGAAGUGGCCCGCCUCAGCUGCCUCCUCCUGCAGUCGGCCCUCCAAGAAGCAGAUGAAGAUGGAGGGGAAGUGUGGCAGAUGGAGGGCCUCGACGUACUCAUGGACGCUUGGAGCCUCCUCACCGCGCCCUUCGCCACGGCGGCCCUCCCCCCUCCCCCCACCAUCCAAGCCGCCAGCGCCCAAGUCGUCCGGCUCUACCUCCAGGUGCGGCUCCGACUGGUGUGCCGAAGUGACGACAAUGACGCAGAAGAAGAUGAAGAUAUUGAGCUAAAUGUGGCCAAAACCCUCGAGGAACAGCUCGGACUCGUUGCGUCGUUGGCUAGAUUGAACGCACCCCAGAACCUCUCGCUGUGCCUGUCGCUCUUGGUCGAGACAGCAAACGAACGGCGGACCCACACGACCAAGUCUCUCGACGACGAGAGCUUUCGACAUGUGCUGGACAAGCUCCACUUCGUCAUAUUAUUCACGGGUAUCGUGAUAGCAGACGAGUACAAGGGCGAAAAGCCUGCCGUGCCUUGGUCGAUGGAGGCGACUCUGUCAGUUGUGGAGCAACUGGUGCACGGGGUACUGACGUUGCUGGCCGAGGAAAUUCAAGCUGUGCAAGUGGCUCCGCAACGAGAAAGCCCGUACCUGUCGGAGCAGCUCCUGAGCACAGCCACAAGGCUACACGUCACGUACUUCGACAUAUUUCCGUCUAAAUCGGCAGAUAUGGUCGCCCUCUACUGCCAGAGCGCCACCGUGUACUUGACCCACUGGUAUAUGCAGCCCCAUGUCAUUCAGAACGUCGUGGAGCUGCUGCUAGCGCUGCCAAAAACACCCGCCGCCGUCGGAUUGUGUAUGCAGUCGGCCCAGUUUCAGUGGCUGACUCACUCGAUAUUGGCCGUGCAAGGCGCGUUGCUGUACAUACCUAGCCAACGCCGGGGUCUGAUGUGUGAAGCCCUCGUGCGCAUCAUCGUACCCGACGCCCCCGACCAGUUGGCGCCGUUCGUGUCGGAAUGGCACCGCUGCUUAGACAUGAUGACGCAAUCAUCAACAACAACUCACAGUCAUAUCCAAGUGGAAAGUAUCUUGGAAUUGUAUGCCGGCCUCGCUCGGUCGUCGGAAAGUCGGUCGUUUGCGGCCGUGGAACCCCUCGUCCUGCCGUGGUUUCCCCUCCUUUUAAGGACCCUCGAGACGUUCCAGUCAGUACCGUCCAUCGUGCCGCUCGUGUUGAAGUGCGCGUGCGAUUUUGUCGAAGCCAACUUGGCCUACCUCAGCCUCGAUAAAGCGAUGGACCUGUAUGGUCACUGCGACCGCCUCAUUGGCACGUUCUGUGUCACUAAUUCCGUGACCCAGCGGUCGGCAAUUAGUGACGACGAGCUCCAGUUCGAAGACAUGUUUAUGCUGCUCACGCUGCUGUCGCACCUUGUGGCUAAGGACGUGAUUGAUUUCGCAGACGACACGGCAAAUUCGGCGGGGGUGGUCGCCGACGUGGUGUUUUCAGGUCUGAACCAAGUGAUUCCACUCAUGACCCACGACUUGCUCCAAUACCCCAAGCUGAGCGUGCAGUAUUUCACGCUCGUGUCGUAUCUGGUGGACGUGUAUCCGGAUAAAGUCGUACGGUUGAACCCGUCGUUGCUGCAUCAGCUGCUGCAGUCGUUGGUCGUGGGCAUGCGCCACACCAACACUGACAUUGUACGGUACAGUUUCCAAUCGGUCGGGGAACUGGCGGCGUGCCAGCUGCGGCAGCCGACCGCCGCAUCCACGGGUCUGCUGGGCCAGUUCAUUCCGGUGGUGCUGCAGAUGCUCGUGUUCGAGGCGGCCGCGGCCGUGGUGGUGGACGGCGCCGCCCUCGCCUUGUACUCGCUCUUCCUGGUGGAGCGCCCUAACAUCGAGUCCAUCGCGCACGCGUUUUGCGCCGGCAUGGACUCGCCGCUGCAGGACACCAUGAUGCAUGCCCUCGGUCAGCUCAUGCACAGCUUACCCCCAGCGCAGCCGCAAACAGCAGCGUCGGUUGGCCACGCCCGAAAGCAUCGAGCGCACUUCAAAGCCCAAAUGUAUGCAUUUGUGGCCCACGUUCGAGGAUAUGUUCAGAUAAAGUAGUCUUAUGUAGUCUUAUGAAGUUAUGUUUCUGGUAGAGAUAUCUCCACCAUAAAUACAAAAAUGGACGAACCUGACAAGAACAACGCAAA